CAACUAUUACCAUUUUUUUUUGUAUGAACGAACGGCUACCAACGCGCUUCCCUUCGAUCUCAUUUCCGUGCCGUGUAACUAUAACCACCGCACACCACCGUAACAGAAUCCUUCGUCCGCCGUUGUGAUUCACUCAUGGAUUCAUUCCGAAGAGACUCAACUACUCCAUCACACGGAUCAUUCUCCUCCGGUGGAAAUGGAGUUUGUUUGAUGAGAAGUUCAUGGAAAGAGGAUCAACAUUUGUCCUUCAUUGAUUUUAUCUCCACUUUCCUCUCUGCAAAUUCCUUUCGCCUUAAUUUUGUGCCAAUUGCUCCGGACUUUAUUUUCAAUUGUGGAGGUUUGUCUGUGGCCUUUAUUUUUGUGACAAACUGGGACUGUAACAAUGUGGCUCCAAUCUUCAACAGAGUUCAGCAACUGAAGGCUCAGUUUUCACGUUUUUACGUUGUUAUCACACUCCCAGGAAAAGAGGAAAUUGAUUCAUUUAUUGAUUCAUAUUUCAAAUUUGGGAUGGUGAUUGGCAAGCCUACAUUUAUACCAGUUAAGGACUUGGAGAUGGGGUUUGAAAAGAUGGUAAAAAUUGCCCAUUCUUCUGGAGUAUACAAGCAGGAGGGAAUUGAAGAAAAAUUUAAAGCUGAGAGGAAGAAGUUGGUGCAAGGAAUGAACUUUUACCUUAAAGUUGUUACAUCAAUCCCAGGCAUUGACGAUCACGAUGCAAAUGCGCUGAGUCAAGCUAUUGGUUCUGUCCAAGCAAUUGCCAAGGCAUCAAAAGAGCAAAUUCUGGAGAACACAGAUCUUUCCACUGACAAGGCAGAGAUGGUUUCAAGGUUUCUUAGGGAUCCAAAGUUUUACUUAAGUCCCAAGAUCAACUGAUCACAAAACAACAAAGGAAUCCAUAUUUGUAGUUUUAUUUGUUUGCCUAGAUACGAAAAGAAGCACUUUGAACUGUUUUAAUAUGGGAUUUAUGCUAAUCCAGUAUUCAUUGUUUCAAUCAAAUUAUUAAAAAGAGAGUAAGAGAUGGUACUGUAAGCACCCGCAACCAAAUACAGAAGACUGAAAAACAAAUAAGUAUCCAAACAUAAAAAUAGAACACUAAUUAAGCCUACAACAAAAGGAAAUGUUGGCAACUUAGAAAAUCAUAGUUAAGGUUUGAGUAUAAGAAUACGCUUCUUUGCUGUUGUACUUUCUUAAUCAUUAUGCUUGCAUCUUAAGGAGGUGGUCGAGAUGGCGAUCGAUGAGAUAUAUGUGGUUGUGGUGGGAUAUGAAUAGGAACAGGCGGCUUUGUUUGAGUUGACACCUUGUUACUGAUGAGUCCAUUGGGUUGCGCAUCUAUUUGAUGUUUUGGAUUUCCUACAAGACUCAUAGCUGCAAUAAACAAAACAAGUACAGUUAAAUAAGAGUAAGACAUCUUUCUUCUCAUCCUUCUUAUUUAUUUCUGAUGAAUCAGCGUUUUGACGCAAAUAAUUAUUGUA